GGAGGGAGGGGCCGCGCCGCCUUCGAGAGUCAUUGGAGGACGCGGCCGCCCGAAGCUGAUAAAUAAAGGGACGGGCCGCGGCUGCCAGCCAAGUUGGACGCCCGACCCGUGCGAGGGCCGGGUUAGCGCCUGCCCUGCGAGGCGAAGCGAGGGGACCCCCGUGCGGCCAUGGCCACGCUGUUGGGAGCUUAUCCGUGGCCCGAGGGGCUCGAGUGCCCGGCCCUGGAAGCCGAGCUGUCGGAUGGGCUGUCGCCGCCGGCCGCCCCUCGCGGGCCGGGGGACAAGGGCUCGGAGAGCCGUAUCCGGCGGCCCAUGAACGCCUUCAUGGUAUGGGCCAAGGACGAGAGGAAACGUCUGGCGGUGCAGAACCCGGACCUGCACAACGCCGAGCUCAGCAAGAUGCUGGGAAAGUCGUGGAAGGCGCUGACGCUGUCCCAGAAGAGGCCCUACGUGGACGAGGCGGAGCGGCUGCGCCUGCAGCACAUGCAGGACUACCCCAACUACAAGUACCGGCCUCGCAGGAAGAAGCAGGCCAAGCGCCUCUGCAAGCGCGUGGACCCGGGCUUCCUCCUGAGCUCGCUCUCCCGGGACCAGAACGCUCUACCCGAGAAGCGGGGCGGCGGCCGCGGGGCGCUGGGGGAGAAGGAGGACAGGGGUGAGUACUCCCCGGGCUCCGCCCUGCCCAGCCUGCCGGGCUGCUACCACGAGAGGCCAACUGGCGGCGGCGGCACCCCAGGCAGCGUGGACACUUACCCAUAUGGGCUGCCCACGCCCCCGGAAAUGUCGCCCCUGGACGUGCUGGAGCCGGAGCAGACCUUCUUCUCCUCCCCUCGCCAGGAGGAGCAUGCGCACUCCCGCCGCAUCUCCCACCUGCCGGGGCCCACUUACUCCCCGGAGUACGCCCCCAGCCCCCUCCACUGCGGCCACCCCCUGGGCUCCCUGGCCCUCGGCCAGUCCCCGGGCGUCUCUAUGAUGUCCACUGUACCUGCCUGUCCCCCGUCUCCUGCCUAUUACUCCCCUGCCACCUACCACCCUCUCCACUCCAACCUCCACGCCCACCUGGGCCAACUCUCCCCCCCUCCCGAACACCCCGGCUUUGAUGCCCUGGAUCAGCUGAGCCAGGUGGAACUCCUGGGGGACAUGGAUCGCAAUGAGUUCGACCAGUAUUUGAACACUCCUGGCCACCCAGACUCUGCUGCAGGGGCUGUGGCCCUCAGUGGGCAUGCCCCGGUCUCCCAGGUGACAUCAACAGGCCCCACAGAGACCAGCCUUAUCUCCGUGCUGGCUGAUGCCACGGCCACGUACUACAACAGCUACAGCGUAUCAUAGAGUCCGAGGCAGCCAGCCCAGCCCUGCGUCGCCGCAGCCCUCUCCUUCCCGCGGGCUGAGCAGAGAGGCGACCGCGCAGUGCUACCGGCUUUCCUCCGACCGCCGGGGGUGUGCAGGUCCGAACUGUCCGCGGGGCAGAACGGGGCUCUGCUGGUCUGAGUGCCCCUUUGCUCCCUGCCGCCUACAUUUUGAGCAUAUUCCUUCAAAUGGGUUCUCAUUGGCUACACCCUGGGAAUAAGGCAAGGUAGUUGCCAAAAGAUGGUUUACCGGCAGAUUUUCAUUUACUUCUCCCGGUCCCCAUCACGGAAACCAAUGUGUGAAAAUCUCAGCGGCAUUCACACCUCUCCAGCUUCUGUCCCAGACGCAUGGGGUACAGCCGUUCUGAUCUUUGGGUCCCCCAGGUGAGAAGAGCCCUGGGCUGCGACCCAGAGGACCCCGGGUCCCGUCCCAGUUCUGCCUCGGAGGGCUGGAGGGGCCCGCGCUCGGCUCUCUUCCCCUUCCAGCCCCUCCCCCAAUCUGUAAAGUGGGGGACAGACUUGACAUCUAAGGCCCCUUCUGCUCCAGAGUUUUCUGACCUAGGAUUCUUUCAAGGCUAAUUAAAAAGAAAACAAAAAUG